AGCGCGCGCCCGUGCUCCCAGAGCUCCGGUUCCUUCGCCAUCACCAAUUCUUUUCUAUUAUCAUAACUCGUUACAUCUCUCAUCCCAUCAUUUAUACCUUUCUGUUACCCGAAAAAAUUACUCUGGUUAAUGGCCAAAUCGUCCCUGUCCUGCUAGUUACUGGGGACGGGUGCCAAUUCAAUAAAGAAGAAGAAGAAGAAGAAGAAUAAAAUCACAUCGCAUGUUGACAUCGUUUUCGCUUCUAACCUGUAAGUAAUUUCAAUUUGAGUGUGAAACAAGUGGUGAGGUUAAGCCCAUUAAUGGGUAAGCACGAAAUUCUGACUCCCAAAUAUAUUGCUAACAAAAUGAAAGCUAAAGGUUUACAAAAGUUACGAUGGUAUUGUCAAAUGUGCCAGAAACAGUGUCGCGAUGAGAAUGGCUUCAAAUGUCAUACUAUGUCAGAGUCACAUCAUCGUCAGCUAUUGCUAUUUGCUGAAAACGCACAUCGGUACAUGGACCAAUUUUCCCGAGAAUUUUCAGAAGGAUAUUUGAAUCUGUUAAAGAGGCAAUUUGGCACCAGACGAAUGCCAGCAAAUCGAGUGUACCAAGAGUACAUUUCUGACAGAGGACAUAUACAUAUGAACGCUACUAAGUGGUUGACUUUGACUGCGUUUGUGAAAUGGCUUGGACGUACUGGACAAUGCGUGGUUGAUGAGACUGAAAAAGGUUGGUUCAUAACAUACAUCGAUAGAGAUCCUGAGACUCUCGCUGCACAGAAGAAAAAAAUAAAAAAGGCAAAAAUGGACAAAGACGACGAGGAGCGAUUGAUGGAUUUUAUUGCCAAACAAAUAGAGAAGGCAAAACAAGAUACAAAAGCUGAAGGCGAAACAUCUAAGACACCACUGAUGCGUCCCGAGAAUGAUACACCUUUGAUUCUCAAUAUAAAACUAAAAACAAAGCCAAAGUUGCUUCCUGUACUUAAAUGAAAAAUUUUUUCCGCAGAAUCGUGAUAAAUUCUAAACGGAAUUGUUCUACUCCCUACUACGAGUAGUGUGGAUAAAGCAAAACUAACGAAUAACAUGAGUAUUCUUUCUACAGCAGUCAGAGGUCUAAAUUUCUGUCCAGCAGCCGGAUCUUCUGGUUCUUUCUCUCGUACCGGUGGUUUUUCAUAUAUUAAAUAUGCCAAGCCGAAUGUGCUAGUAAAGAAACCUAGCCAUCCAACAUGACACGUUGCAGCAGUUACUAAGUUGACAAGUGAAUGUUCCCUAUAUACAAGCCGGUAACUGUUGCUUAUGUCAUCCUUUUGUUUAUAUUUUUGCUCUGCCCAGGCAUUCGUUUUGUUAGUAACUUCGUUAAUAACUUCUUGCAAAAGUGUUUUUAUUGAUAGGAUCAGAAAUUAUUUUUUUGCAAAACACAGGUCGACACAAAAUAGUAGCUUUACUCACAACGUAAGCCACUCUUGUGAAUCACUAUUCUGUAACAUUACGUGCAAAUAUGUUUAUGAAUAAUCAAAAAGGAUAAGAUUCAUUAAAUUAUAUUAGAUUUAUUAUAUUAUUAUUAAAUCAGAUUAAAUAAUAUACAUAUAAUAACAUCUCA